AUGUUCGCUGCUUUCAUCAGAACCGCUCAUUGUGCAAUGAAAAACAUGCCAAUCCAAACCGAUAUCGUUGGAAAGUGGAACUUCGUUUCUUCGGAGAACUUCGAUGACUACCUCAAGGAGGUUGGAGUCGGAUGGGCCGUCCGUACCAUUGCCACCAAGACCAAGCCAACUCUCGAGUUUGCCAUCAAGGGAGACGAAUGGACCAUGAACUCCAACUCGACUUUCAAGAACUACACUAUCACCUGGAAGCUUGGAAAUGCCAGCGAUGAGAAGACCGCCGAUGGACGUGAGGUGUCCAGUGUCUUCAACAUCGAAGGAGACAAGCUCGUUCAACUCGAGACCGGUAAGGGAGGAGGAAAAGACUCCCGUAUCGAGAGAUACAUCGAGAACGGAAAGCUCGUCAUUGUCUGCACCUGCAACGGAGUCAAGUGCACCCGUGUCUACGAGAAAGCAUAA